GCGCGCAGCCAGGGGGGCAGAAAGCGGGACAUUUGUCAUUUGUUUACCAGCGGAGUCAGCGGAGAACGAAAAUGACAAGGAGCUGUUGUGCUGUAAACUGCACGAAUCGGCAAAAGGAUGGAAGGAAACUGUUUAAUAUCCCGAGAGGAUCUCAUCCUUUUGCCAAGAGAAGAAGAAGAUUGUGGCUCCAGGCCAUUAAAAGGGCGGAUUGGGGUCCCGAAGAUCCUAAAGGCGGCGAGAGUCUGUGCAGCGCCCACUUCGUUUCUGGGUCACCGUCCAUGGAUUGUGAUAGUCCAGAUUUUGUUCCAUCCGUUUUUUCACACAGCAGCAACAGAGACAUCUCGGGAAAGGUGACAAGAUAUGAAAGAAAGAGAAUAAGAGAUGAAGAUAAGGCCCCUGCUACCUGCCCCACAAGCCAGCCUGAAGCAGAUACUGUAGAUUAUUCUGAAGAUGAAUGUAAGUUUGUGUCCAGAAAAGAGAUGCACCAACUCAACCUGCAGUACAACCAGCUCCGUGAUGAUUAUGAAGCUCUGAAAAGAGAACUGUAUGCCACACAGGAAGAAAAUAAACAUCUGAAGGAGCAACUGAAGCAGUCCAAGUUUGGGUUUGAUUCCAUAAAAGACACAAAUGCUAAAAUAAUUUUUUUUACUGGUUUACAAUCAUUACAAAUGGUUAUGUGGCUGCUGGAUAUUGUAAAAAGAAGCACACUUGUGCUUAAGGGUGGGUUAAGUUGGGAGAACCACCUCCUUUUGGUUCUAAUGAAAGUAAGACUUGGACUCACCAACAGAGACCUUGCCUACAGAUUUGGGCUUCCAUUCUCAACUGUAUCAAAAAUACUAAGAGACUGGAUACCCAUGUUGUCCUCAAUAGUGAAACCUUUGAUAAUGUGGCCUAGUAAGGAUGCAGUGAGAGCAAACAUGCCAAAGUGUUUUAAACCCAAAUUUAGGAAUUGUCGAUGUAUUAUAGACUGUACUGAAAUCUUUAUAGAAAGAACACACAAUCUUAAAGCAAGGGCUGAAACCUGGUCAAAUUAUAAGCACCAAAACACAAUGAAAUAUCUAAUAGGAAUCACACCAGCAGGAGCUAUAUCUUUUUUGUCUAGUGGGUGGGGAGGUCGUGCCUCUGACAAGGUAAUAACUUUAGAUUCUGCCUUUUUGGGUAAACUUGAGCAUGGUGACGAGAUCCUUGCAGAUAGAGGUUUCCUUGUUAGAGAGGAUUUGGCCAGUGUAGGAGCAACAUUAAGAAUACCAAGUUUCACGAAGGGGAAAUCUCAGUUGCCAGGUUCUUGUGUUGACACUUCACGUCAGUUGUCAAGAGUCCGCAUACAUGUGGAACGAGUUAUUGGUCAGCUUAAAACCUUUAAGAUACUGAACACUGUCAUACCCAUCAGCCAAGUCGAUAUGCUAGAUGACAUUUUGACCAUAUGUGCUGGUCUUACGAACCUUAGGGGGGCUGUGGUGGCCCGGCGAUAACUGUGUUCAGAGUCAAGGAGGUGUACAUUAUUUUCCAUGAUUGUGUCAGGCUUUUAAGGGCUAAUGAGGGCAAUGGUGGUCACUUAACUUGCUCUCACUGUCUCUCUCACUUACUCAUCACUCUCUUUCUCUCUGACUAUAAAAUUAAUAACAGUUAUGAAUAACUAAAUUUGAUCAGACAGGAUCAUUCAGAGUACAAAAAGGUUGAGAACCACGCACGCAGAACUAUUUCAUUUAUUUAUGAUAAUGGAGAAACUGCGUUUAAAGCUGACAUGGCAAAUAUUGAACAUGAACUGAAUGUUGUAAAUGCAAUAUAUUGAAGGCAAUGCAAUUAAAAUUAAAUGUACAUCUCAACAAUGAAUGAGUGUACAUAAUUAAUACUAUAUGAACUCAUUUAACAUUUAUACCUGGACAUUUUUUUUUUUCUAGCUUUCAACUAAGUUUUGAGUAUUAUCAUUGUCUGCCGAACUCAAACUGCACUUCUUUCUGGCGAUGAACAAUAUAUAUCAGUGCUGUUUGUGAUUUUACGUAAAUGUACAUUCAGAAAAAAAUUAAUGAACACUUAAAGAGUCAGAUGUGUUGUUUGUUUGUUGUUGUGUUGACAGUAAUGAAGUCAGUUAGAUUUUGUCAGGUGUACCUAUCCAUCUUUGCUCAUUACAUCAGUUUUUUCUUAAAUGCUGUUGUCCAGCAUCCAGUAUUUACCAUUGUUGGAUGUAUCUAUUUGCAUCCACAUUUCCAUUUUUUGGAGUAUCUGGUAAUGUUCACACAUGGAUAGUGAAAGUGUUGGCAGCAGUCUGUGCACUUGAUCAUUUUGCCAAAGCUUGGCUUUUUGCAGUACAGACAUUUGAUCUCUUCUGCCAGGUCAGGGUCUUUGCAGCGGCAGACAAGUUCUGGGAGGAGGUGGUCCAUGAAGAAAGAUUCAGC